UCCAGUCAUUUGAUGAGUAGUUCGCGAGCUUGACAGGUGCUAGCUCGUGCGCUAACGCUACCGUCGCGCGGAACAGAUUUGGCUGAUGAAAGAUGCUAAACGGUGUUUAGCGUCGGGUUGUUUUUGUCAAACAGACGUUUCAGUAAACCAGUGACGAGAAAAACCAAGGAAAUUUUUUUAAAAACAUGUAAUGGUUGUUGACUGCCAAGCAACUCUGUGUUGACAUACUGAGCUAGCUGGCCGGACUUUGGCUAGCUAGCUAGCUAACUGAAACGUGUAGGAAAUGUCUCCUAGUGACAAUCCACACAUUCUUCUGGGACGAAUUCGGUUUUUGAACAAAUGCAUUGAAUGUUUCAAGAAAAGCGAACCGUUACCGGAAAGUUUAUGUUAUGUUUCAAAGGAGGUAUGCUACAAAAUCUGCAAAGAUUCGUCAUCAAACUCUGCUUCCUCGUCGGGUUCAUUAGCUGGUAACUCAUCUGGAAAAACGCUGAUGCCAGUCUGGGAAAACCCAAAUCAAGUACCUAACAAGAAAUUAUGUAAGUGUACCAUAGAGCCAAAGAAAGGGACGUGCAUACGGACAUCUGGAGAAGAGUACUAUAACAGUCAUGGCCUUUGGGUCAAAAUCAGUAAGGAGCAACUGGCAGAGUACCGCAGUGAUGUGGACAUGGAGGAGGGAUGGAUCCUGGCAUGUAAACACACAGAGGGAGGAGACAGACUUGUGCCCGUUGAGCACCCAGACACAGUCAGUAGGCAGCAACAGCUGUUCGGCUAUGACCACAAGCCCUGCAACAGGUGGGAACAGGUGGUGGAUGCAGAGAGCUGCCUUCAUCUGGGGGCCCAGCCCAAGGUGGCGGAGCGUGAUGAGGCUGCUGUACAGAAGCUCAGAUAUGUGCCUCCUACCUGGACAUUUGAGUGUGAGGAGGACCUUGUUCACUACUUCUAUGAUCACGUCGGGAAAGAGGACGAAAACCUCGGCAGCGUGAAGCAAUGUGUGAGCAGCAUCGACGUCUCCUCAUGCUCGGAGGACCCGAGUGGUGGAGCCAGCUGCCUGACUGACGGAGACUCCGAGACAUACUGGGAGAGCGACGGCAUGCAAGGCCAGCACUGGAUACGCCUGCACAUGAAGAGAGGCACUGUGGUGAAUAAACUACUAUUAACAGUGGAUUCAACAGAUGACACCUAUAUGCCUAAAAGAGUGACUGUGUAUGGUGGGGAGGGAGAUAAUCUCAAGAAAUACAGCGAUAUCACCAUAGACGAUACUCUGAUUGGCGAGGUGUCUGUGCUGGAGGACAUGACGACCCACUUACCGGUCAUUGAGAUCAGGAUUGAGGAGUGUAGAGAUGGCGGGAUUGAUGUGCGGAUCAGAGGCUUGAAGAUCAAGUCAUCGUGCGAACGUGAUCUUGGUCUGAACGCUGACGUUUUCCAGUCGCCCCACCUGGUGCGCUACCCCCGGCUGGAGGGCACACCCCCUGAUGUUCUUUACCGGCGCGCACUGGUCAUUCUGAGGUUCAUUUCACUCCUGGACAGCCUGUUGCCUCACCUGGUACCAGCCUGGGACUACAGUCUUUGCACUUUUAGCCAGAUUAAAGUCGUAAAGCAGUUCCUGCUCCUGUCCAAACGGAGGUCAGCCCUCAUUCUCCAGUGCCUGAAGGACUCAGAGUCCAGCAAGCCAAACUUCAUGCCCCGCCUCUACAUCAACCGCCGCCUGGCCAUGGAGCACAGGGACAACCCUGGCCUGGACCCCACCUGCAAGAAUGCUGUUUUCACUCAGGUGUAUGAGGGUUUGAAACCAUCAGAUAAGUAUGAGAAGACUCUGGACUAUAGAUGGCCUGCUCGUCAUGACCAAUGGUGGGAAUGUAAAUUCAUCGCAGAGGGGAUCAUUGAUCAAGGGGGUGGCUUCCGGGAUAGCCUGGCAGACAUGUCAGAGGAGCUUUGUCCCAGCUCUGCUGAGUGCCCAGUGCCACUGCCUUUCUUCACCAGAACUUCCAACCAGGGAGCUGGAGAAGCAAGAGAUUUUUACAUGCCAAACCCAUCAUGCCGAGAGUUCCACAAGUUUGAGUGGAUCGGGCAACUCAUGGGCGCAGCUCUUCGUGGAAAAGACUUUUUGGUUCUGGCUCUGCCAGGGCUAGUGUGGAAGCAGCUUGUUGGAGAGGCGGUCAGCUGGAAUGAAGACUUCCCUGCCGUGGACUCUGUGCUGGUGAAGCUGUUGGAGGCUAUGGAGCACAUGGAUAAGGAGACCUUUGACUUUAAGUUCGGGCAGGAACUGGUGUACACCACACCGCUGAGCGACGGCCGCCUCGUGGAGCUCAUCCCAGGAGGGAGCUCGGUAGUGGUACACUACGAGGACCGUAUGGAGUUCGUCUGCCUAGUGCAGAAAGCCAGGCUAGAGGAGAGCAGGGAACAGAUAGCUGCUAUGCAGGCAGGCCUCAUGAAGGUGGUGCCACAAGCUGUUCUGGAUCUUCUGACAUGGCAGGAGGUGGAAAAGAAAGUGUGUGGAGACCCUGAGAUUACCGUGGAGGCCCUUAAACGCCUCACACGAUAUGAGGACUUGGAACAGACAGACAUCAGAGUGCAGUAUCUGUGGGAGGCCUUGACCAACUUCACCAAUGAGGACCGCAGUAGAUUCUUGAGGUUUGUGACUGGUAGAAGUCGCCUACCUGCCCCAAUCUACAUUUUUCCUGACAAGCAGGGAUCUGAAACUACAGAUGCACUUCCACAGUCUUCAACUUGUUCCAGCACACUUUAUUUACCAAAAUACCCAAGUGCUAAGGUCUGUGAGGAGAAGCUUCGCUAUGCUGCAUACAAUUGUGUAGCUAUUGACACAGACAUGAGUCCUUGGGAAGAAUGACUUGUCCCAUCAUGUUUAUAUAUUUUACACCCUGGGUUGUCUUUUUUUUGCUGCUGCUGUUUGUUUUUUUCCAUCAUUAACUGUAGGCAUUAUUACUCACAUGAAAAUAUCCCAUAUCCAUACUGAUGCUAAUUGCAGCUGUACAGAAUAAAGAAAAGGCUAAGAACAAA